AUUUUUCAAUAUUUUUAAAAAAUUAACUGUGAUACAUUUUGAACACAAACAAAAAAAAGUGAAAUAAAAGCAGGCAAUUUUUGUUUUUAAAGAAAAAAACAAUUUGAUUUUAUUUUUUUGAAAAUCAAGUGAUCAAGAGUGUGUAAAGAAGCUGCAAAAGAGUUUGGAAUAUAUUUUUGUAUAGAUGACCGAGAAGGAUACUGCUUCAAUGACUACCGUGCAAAUGAAGGCCGAUUAUGCCGCUAGUGAGGUGUAUAGCACCGCUAGUGAGCCACCACCGCUGGGAUUUUUUAACUAUAAUCCACAACAACAGGCCUACAAACGUCAAUCGAAUUCAGUGAAAAUCGCCAAAAUCACUGCAUUCACUAUAAUUGUAUCGUCAUUUAUAUUGGGUGCCUUCAUUUUGGCCUCUUCGUAUUUGCAAGCCAAGGCUUCAUGCGAUCAAGUGCAGGCACUUGAUUCGGUAUUAGAAAAAGAAUUGAUGUUGGAAACCUUGCAACAAGUCAAUAAGGAACUUCCACGUGCUGAAGCUUUAUUGGGUCGUGAAAAUGUCAAUGAUGAUGAUUUGCAAAGUCUCGACAAAGAGGAACCAAUGAAAAAGGUGGAACAUAAAAUGGUUAAAGCCGAACACCAUAAACCCGCCGAAGAAGAAAGCAAUAUGAAUGAGGUUAACGAUAGCGAGAACAGCGAAGAGGUUGAUGAAAUGCAAAAGUAUCCUGGUAAAAUUCCUUUGGAAUUGGACUUAAGUGAUUUGGCUGCUGCCUUAUUGCAAAAUAACAAAAAAUCUCGCAUGAAUUGUGUUGUAGAACGUAAACAUGCCGAAGAAAUUGUUGACUCGCCCUCGAAAACCGUUGCUCUGCCCUUCGGCAUGAACUUGACCACCGAUCCUAAAAAGGCUCGCAUUACCGGUGAACGUAUUUCGAUCUUCUGCGAGGGUGGCAAUGAAAACAAGGACCAAGAACAAUCUGGCCGUCACAAUAACAAUCGCGAGGAGGAUGAUGAUGACAUCGAAGAUGUUGAAGCUAUUCGCCCCAUGUUCAUUCCCUUCCAACGUGUACCCAUUCCUUUCGGAGCCAUUCCUAAUCGUUUCCCCUUGACUCAUAUGCCUCAACGUAUGGAACCUAUGAUGCCACCACGCCAACAGGAACAACAACAUGCUUUCUUGCGUCAAUUGCCUCCUCCACCACCACCAUUCCAACAACAAUUGCCUAUGCGUCCCCCUAUGCCACCACAAGAGAUGCAAGCUCCUCAUCCAGAACCUCAACGUAUUGUACGCAUUCAAUUCCAUCAGAUUCCCAUUAGAGAAAUGAUUCAUGUUGCCAACGAUGUGCCCCAACAGAUUUCGGUGCAACAACAUCAACAGCCUUCUGUAGUUCAGCAACAACAACAACCUCAACAGCCACAACAACCCCAACCACCACAGGUGCAAAUUCAACAACAGGCUCAACAGCAACAACAACAAGUUCCUCAACAACGUCAAGAAUUCCCCUUCUUCCAAAUUCAACGCAUGCCCUUGGGUUUGGCUUUGGAACGUGCCGGUAUCACUGCUGAGGACUUGAACAAUAUUCAACGUCUCACCGAAAAUCGUAUCAACGAAGAAUUCCGUCUUUUGGCUAAUGAAUCUGAUGAAGAUGAAACCAGCAACAGUUCCGAAGAUGAUGAUGAUAACGAAGACAACGAAAGCCAUGUUGCCCCACAAUCUCAACAACAGAACAAAGCUCAAGAUCAACAAUCAUCCGAACAACAACAGCAACAACAACAGGCUGAACGUCAAGCUCGUAUGCAGGAGUUACCCAUGCCCAUCCAACGAUUGAUUCUUCAACCAUUGCCUGAACAACCCCGUGAUACCAUGACACCACCAAUGCCCGAUCAACCCAUGCAACGUUUACCCAUGGGUCAUCCCGGUUGGGGUCGUAGUUUAGCUCAACCCGUCAGUAUUCCCGUUCCCAUGAUGGAGGCACAAAACGAUAUGUCAGCUCAGGAUGAUCAAUCGUCAGCUCAAACAGCUGAAGAGUCUGAAAGACCACACUUUGUCCAGCCCCGUUCCGUCUAAUCGUUUGAUUGUAAUAAAUCAUCUGUGAUGUUUGCUGCUGUCUUUUUGUAUCCAUCUACUUUUUUUAAACUAUAAGGAAGAUCACAAAAUUUAAAUUUGAAAAAUAUUAUUUUUCUAAAAAUAGUAUAAAAAACAUUCUUGUAACAAAGGCAGCUUAAUGUUUUUUUGAACAAAAUGUAUAAAAAAUUUUUUACCCCCUAAAUAUUUGUUUGGUUAUUUGUAAAAAAGAAAUAUAUAUAUAUAUAUGCAGCUAAUUGGUGUAUAAUAUACAUUAUAUAUAGAAGAUAUUAUUCCAAUAAAGUGAAAAUUUUUAAUUUAUAA